UGUGUGCCUGAGUGUGCACUCGUGUGUGUGUGUGUGUGUAAGUGUGCUCUUUGAGCGGACGCGACGCGACGCGAACCGGCGGCGCAGCAAUGAGCGAGAACAACGGCAGCAACACCAUCACUGCCGCGAAUGGACCGCGCGUCGUUACCAUCUAUAAGACGGAAACUGGCUUCGGCUUCAAUGUUCGCGGACAGGUGUCCGAGGGCGGUCAAUUGCGAUCCAUCAAUGGCGAACUAUACGCCCCCCUGCAGCAUGUCAGCGCUGUGCUGGAGAACGGCGCCGCCGAGAAGGCGGGCAUCAAAAAAGGCGAUCGCAUACUCGAGGUCAAUGGCGUUAGCGUGGAAGGUGCCACACACAAGCAGGUGGUGGAUCUGAUCAAAUCUGGUGGCGAUUGCUUAACCCUAACGGUUAUAUCCGUGACACAGCAGGAGGCCGAUAGACUGGAGCCGCAGGAGGAUCAAAGUGGCUACUCCUACAUUGAUUACUCCGACAAGCGUUCAUUACCCAUCAGCAUACCCGACUACAGCAUCGUGAAUCGGAAUGGUGAACGAUACAUUGUCUUCAAUAUUCACAUGGCCGGACGACAGUUGUGUUCGCGCAGAUAUCGCGAGUUUGCCAAUUUGCAUUCGAUGCUGCGCAAGGAAUUCAGUGGCUUCACCUUCCCCAAGCUGCCCGGCAAAUGGCCAUUUCAGUUGAGCGAACAACAGCUGGACACACGCCGCCGUGGCCUCGAGCAAUAUUUGGAGAAGGUGUGCGCGGUGCGAGUCAUUGCCGAAAGCGAUGCUGUGCAGGAUUUCUUAACGGAUACCGAAGAUGAUAUAUCCGCAUCGCCGGUGGAUAUUAAGGUCAUGCUGCCCGAUCACGAGGUGACAAGUGUCUCCGUGAAGAAGUCAUCAAAUGCUCAGGUCGUAUGGGAGAUUCUGGUGCAGCGCGCCAAUCUCACCGCCUAUACGCAACAAUAUUUCUAUCUCUUUGAGAUAGUUGAGUACAAUUUUGAGCGAAAAUUGCAGCCACAUGAGAUACCACAUCAGCUCUAUGUGCAGAAUUACAGUACCGCCUCAUCGACAUGUCUCUGUGUACGUCGCUGGCUCUUCUCCGUUGGCAAGGAGCUAACGCUGCCCGAAGGCGAGCAGGCGGCCCGCUUUAUAUUCUAUCAGGCAGUCGAUGAGGUCAAUCGUGGCAACAUUCGCGCCGAUGGCAGACUCUAUGAGCUGAAGGCACUGCAAGACGCUAAAAAGGCCAACGAUUAUUUAGCACUGGCCCGCACACUGCCCGGCUAUGGCGACGUCGUAUUUCCACACUGCUCCUGUGAUAGUCGCAAGGAGGGUCAUGUUGUACCCGCCGUGGGAAUGAAGAGCUUUCGGCUGCAUGCAUGUCGUGAGGAUGGCUCGCUGGAGGCUCAAAUGGUUGAGCUGACCUGGGACAGCAUAACACGAUCGGAGAGCGACGAGGAAUCUAUGUCAUUUUGCUUUCAGUACAAUCGUCCAGAUAAGCCAGCACGUUGGGUCAAAGUCUAUACGCCAUAUCACGCAUUCCUUGCGGACUGCUUUGAUCGCAUCAUGGAGGAGCGCAAGUGGGAGGACAGCGGCGAUUAAGCGGCGUCUUGCAACAGGCUCAUCCAGCGAUCUAUAAAGGAACCCAAUCAUCUCAAGAUCCACAUCAUCACAGCCGGCUACUCCAAGGCAGUCUUAGUCAUACACACACUUUCCCACACAUACUCACACACACACUCACUUGCAUACCCUUUACCAUAUUCUCAUUUGUUUUUAUUUAUAUAUUAUUUUUUUUUUUUUUUGGUACCCAAAAUUCUGUUGCUUGUGAAACUUUAUUGGAUUACAAUUGGUGUGUGGUGUGUAAAUUGUGGAGUAAGCAGGCAGCUGAAGGUUUUAUUUUCAGCUUUAAUUUAGGGAGACCUAUUGAGUAGGCCACUCCACUUAGCUUAAGGUCAUGCCCCUUGAAUGAUGAAAUCUAUGAUACCAAUUAAGUAUCUUAUGUAUAUUGUAAAAUAUAUUUACUUGUAAAUGAUGCAAAUUUCAAGCUAUUGAUUAUAUAUAGACGUGCUUGGGUUCAUUAGCAACAACAUCCACAAGAACAACAACAACAACAGCUUCAAGAGCCACAACACAAAAACUAAUGUUAACAGCGGCAACAAAAUGUUUCAAAUAUUUCAGCACUUUAGCACUAAGGCAUAAAAAUAGCGGUUAGUGUUAGAAAAUGAACGAAAUACCAC